AUGAAUGACUUAGUUCCUCCAUUUUUAUCGAAUUAUUUCAUUAGAAAUCACACUAUUCACACUUACGCGACAAGUCAAAGGAAUGACAUCCGCUUACCGAACCCAAAGUUAACGUUGGGGAAAAAUACAUUCAGAUUUUCAGCGCGGUUGUUCUUAAUGACUUACCCACACCGGUAAAAGAAGCCACGUCGCUUUCCAUUUUUAAGAACUCUCUUAGUUUUCAUUUUAGUCAUUAGUUUUCUAUUAAUAUAAUACUUAGACAUGCUUUAAUUGCUUUUUUUAUUGUAUUGAUCUUAAAAAAGUUGUACUUCAUGGAAAUGUAAUUUCCCUUUACUCGAAUUUUUAAACUCCUUGUACAUUAUGGUACUUCGUAAAUUUGAAAAAUUUUAUCAUGUACUCUUAAUUUUAUACAGGGCCCCUUUUGAUACCAGCCUAUGGCGGAUGGGACCAGCCUGCCUAAAGAAAGAUGACUUGACUUGACUUAAAGACAAAAAGCCCUCUAUGUCAGUAGUUUUUAAUGAAUUCAAAUCUUGUUUACAUGAUUGGUUGUUAUCGCCACAAUUUGCAUAAGAUUUCAUCUGUUUGUUUGUUUCCUUUCUGAUCUUGAAAUUAAGCGAUAAUCUGAAAAUGUUUAAAUAUAAUCCUACAAUAAGAUUCUCCAAAUUUCGCAAGGAAAAAUUAAGGUACGCCUCGAUGUUUACUCGGCAUGACUCUAGGUGAACUGAUAUUUAGCAAUUUGAAGGGGGUUUUGUUCCCAGACAUUGGUCACUUUUUUGGAAAUGUUAAAAACUUAGGAAUUACUAACAUUUUAUUUCUCGUUGCAAUUUCACCCUUAAUGACAAAUUAAAGUAGCACAAGAAUAAAGGAAAUAAUCACCAACAAACGAAGGUCAUGAUAGUUAAACACUUUCUCCUUAAGAAAUGUAUAGCGAACAGUAUUGAGAGUAAAAACAUUGGUGUAAAGCUGUGAAGGGUUAAGGAGUGACUCGAAUUAAACAGUUUUUUCCGAUCUUAUUACUCCCGAGGGUAACUCUGGAAAAAUGACCUAAAUUUAUUGCGUGUAGACCAACCAAAUUUUGCAAUGUUUCAGCAAAAAGUGGUGAACAGAAAAUCCCCAUUCAGUUCUUCUGACAUAUGCGAUGGUUGCGACCUAGAAUAUGAUUAUUUUGUAAUGUUUCCCCUUCCACAAUGGGUCAUGAUGUUUUGCCGUAUUAUUUAUUUCACCCACAAUAUCUUUCCCAUUAGGCUAAUACGACACAUUCCAGUCCAAACACCGCGAAGUCCAUUCCAUUCUAGCUAG